AUGUUUCACUUGGCGCGUUUAUGCUCCUUCGUCCUUGCGUCUAUCAGCGCAUGUCAUGCCGCAAUUGGUCCUGUCGCUGACCUUCGUAUUGUAAACGGGGAGAUAUCGCCUGAUGGGUUCCCGAGAGUGGCCACGCUUGCUGGGGGCAGCUUUCCAGGUCCAGUAAUCAGGGGAAAUAAGGGAGACAACUUCCAGAUUAACGUCAUCAACGAGUUGGUAAACCAUACUGACACUGUUAGGAGUACUACGGUGCACUGGCAUGGUAUUCAUCAGCAUGGCCAAAAUAUAAUGGACGGUCUGGCAUUCGUGACUCAAUGCCCAAUAGCACCAGGCAAUUCCUUCCUCUACAACUUCACCAUUCCAGACCAAGCAGGCACUUUUUGGUACCAUUCACACUAUCAAGUCCAAUACUGUGACGGACUGAAAGGUGCACUCAUUGUUGACGACCCUGAAGACCCUUAUCGAUUCUGGUACGAUGUCGAUGAUGAAAGUACGAUUAUCACCUUGUCUGACUGGUACCACGAGCCUGCAGAACUUGUGCCCAGACCGGCUGUUAUUGACUCUGCCUUGAUCAAUGGUGUGGGUCGGUACGAUGGUGGGCCUCAGGUUCCCCUCGCUGUCGUCAACGUCGAACCAUGGAAACGAUACCGCAUACGACUCAUCAACAUGGCUUGCAAGCCAGCCUACACAUUCUCUAUCGACAAGCACGUGUUCACGGUCAUCGAGGCAGAUGGUGUCAACACCGACCCAUACAUCGUGGACUCCCUUCAGAUCUUUGCAGCACAGCGUUACUCAUUCAUCCUCGAGGCGAAUCAACCUGUCGACAACUACUGGAUCCGCGCCCUUCCAAGCCGUGGAGACCCCAGCUUUGAAGACGGUCACAACUCUGCUGUCCUGCGGUAUCGAGGGGCUCCCGAGGAAGAACCGACUAACAAGACCUGGAACCUCAAUUUGCCAUUGAAUGAGAGUUAUUUGCACUCGCUGGAGCCCCAUGUUCCUGGUUCACCAGGGCUCGGUGGUGCGGACAUCGAGCUCAAUUUGAACUUCACGAAGCCUGAUAACGAAUAUGUUGAUAACUACACUGUCAACGGGCAUUCUUACAUCCCGCCAAGCGUUCCCGUUUUGUUGCAAAUUAUGAGUGGUGCCAGAACUGCUCAACAAUUGCUUCCAAUGGGUAACGUCUACCCUUUACCCCGCAACAAAGUGAUUGAACUCACCUUGCCCGGUGGAGCGCCUGGUGGACCGCAUCCGUUCCACUUACAUGGGCAUGAUUUCAGCGUCGUUAGGAGUGCCGGAAGCACCGCACACAACUAUUACAACCCUGUGCGCCGUGAUACCGUUAGCAUCGGAGAAGGAGGAGACAACGUCACUAUCCGCUUUACGACCGAUAACCCAGGACCUUGGAUGUUACACUGUCAUAUCGACUGGCACCUUUACAUAGGAAUGGCUCUCGUUUUUGUCGAAGCUCCUGAUGACAUCGUAUCAACUGAUCUGAAUGCUACUAACCCGAAUCUAGAGUCCUGGACGGAUCUUUGCCCUGUAUACAAUAGUCUCCCUCAAGACGAAGUGUAAUGUGUGCGAUGCAGUAACGUUUUUAUGAUGCCUACUACGAACGCGGACAUUGCAUAUACUUUUUAGAAUCACAUUCUUGGACAUUACGGACAUGGGUUCUCGGUUUGUUCCGCCUGUCAGACCUUCAUAUGACUAUAGUAUUACUUACAUCUCGCCCUAUCUUGCGGAUAUCAAAAGACUAUGAUUUCUUGGG